AGGAGGGAGCAGGGCCCUCAUACCUACAUCCAGAAGCCAGCUGAUGAUGUUAGAGAGAGAGAAAACAGGAGAGCCAUUGCCAGUGUGAGAGAGAGAGAGGGAAAGACGAAGAGGGAAAACCAGGAUAGGAGGGGUGGAGGCAGGCAGCCCCCAGACCGCAGCCAACCUCUGCCCAGGCUCUCCUGAGCCACCAAAUCCUCAGGCAGCCCGGACCCCAGGGUCCUCAAAACUGCCCUGAAGAUGGGCACCAGGGCAAGGGUCAUACCCCCUUUGGUGAGGGGGCUGCUGGGCUGUUUACUCUGUGGCUGGGCUCUGGGGGGUCCACGGCCUCUUCGCUCUCUGCCCCCACUGUCUUCUAAAGUCAAGGCAGAAUCUGUGCUCAUCAGGGUGCCCCCAGAUGGGGCUGAGGCAGCCCAGGCUUUUCUCUACUCGGGAGAUGCCCAGCAGCUGUUGGGGGCUAAUUGUAGUGAGCGGUAUGAAGUGCACGGGGCAGGAGUCAGACCUGGCCUCCCUCCAGUUCUGCAGGGGGCGGCGGGCACCCUUGCCCAGGCUGCCAAUUUUCUCAACAUGCUGCUGCAAGCCAACGACAUCCGCGAGUCCAGUGUGGAGGAGGAUGUGGAGUGGUACCAGGCACUGGUUCGCAGUGUGGCCGAGGGGGACUCACGGGCAUACCGGGCCUUGCUGACCUUUAACCCUCCACCUGGGGCCAGCUACCUCCAGCUGGCCCUGCAGGCCACCCGGAUAGGGGAGGAGAUCAUCCUUCAGGACUUGUCUGGGAACAGAGUGCAGGAGGAGAGCCUAGCUGGGGACCUGGACAUCCCUGCCCUGCAGAAGCGGGUGCUGACCAAUGACCUACGGAGUCUUGGCAGCCCCAAGUGGCCACGAGCAGAUGGAUAUGUGGGGGACAUGCAGCAGGUGAGGCUGUCUCCUCCCUUCCUUGAGUGCCAGGAGGGCCGGCUCCGUCCUGGCUGGCUGAUCACACUCUCAGCCACCUUCUAUGGACUCAAGCCAGACCUCAGCCCAGAGGUCAGGGGCAAGGUGCAGAUGGACGUAGAUCUCCAGAGUGUGGACAUCAAUCAGUGUGCAAGCGGCCCAGGCUGGUAUUCUAACACACACCUGUGUGAUCUCAACAGCACCCAGUGUGUCCCACUAGAGAGUCAGGGCUUUGUUCUUGGCCAAUAUCUCUGCCGCUGCCGACCUGGAUUCUACGGGGCGAGCUACCCUGGGGGGUUAAAGGAGAGUGCCACCCAGACUACCGGGCAAUUUGGGUCCCUACAAGGCAGCUCUGGGAGGCUGCUGCAGUGCCAGCCAUGUCCCGAGGGUUGCACCAGCUGCAUGGACGCCACACCGUGCCUGGUGGAGGAGGCCCUGGCACUGCGAGCGGCAGUGCUGGCCUGCCAGGCCUGCUGCAUGCUGGCCGUCUUCCUGAGCAUGCUGGUCUUCUACCGCUGCCACCGGAGCAAGAGGAUCUGGGCAUCUGGAAUUGUCCUGCUGGAAACCAUCCUUUUUGGAUCCCUGCUCCUCUACUUUCCUGUCUUCAUCCUGUACUUCAAGCCCAGUGUAUUCCGCUGCAUUGCUCUUCGCUGGGUCCGGCUGCUGGGUUUUGCCAUCGUCUACGGGACCAUUACACUCAAGCUUUAUAGAGUGCUGCAGCUAUUUCUAUCUCGGAUGGCCCAGCGGGGUCCCCAUCUGAGCAGCGGGCAGCUGCUGCAGCGCCUGGGACUGCUCCUGCUGCUUGUGCUGGGCUUCCUGGCCAUAUGGACAGUGGGCAUCCUGGAGCAAGGCAUCCAGCAUACACCUCUAGUGAUCCAAGGCCACACUCCCACUGGCCGCCACUUCUACCUCUGUCACCAUGACCGCUGGGACUACAUCAUGGUUGGGGCUGAGAUGCUGCUCCUGUGCUGGGGCAGCUUCCUCUGCUAUGCCACCCGGGCUGUGCUCUCAGCCUUCCAUGAACCACGCUACAUGGGCAUCGCCCUGCACAAUGAGCUGCUGCUCUCUGCUGCCUUCCACACAGCCAGGUUUGUGCUGGUCCCCUCCCUGCACCCGGACUGGACCCUUCUCCUCUUCUUCUUCCACACCCAUGGCACAGUCACUGUCACACUCGCUCUGAUCUUCAUCCCUAAGUUCUGGAAGCUGGGGGCUCCACCCCGGGAGGAGAUAGUGGACGAGGCGUAUGAGGAAGAACUGGACCUGCAGCGCUCAGGCUCCUACCUCGACAGCAGUAUUGCCUCAGCCUGGAGCGAGCGCAGCCUGGACCCAGGAGACAUUCGGGAUGAACUAAAGAAGCUCUAUGCCCAGCUUGAGGUCCACAAGACCAAGGAAAUGGCUGCAAACAACCCUCACUUGCCCAAGAAGCGAGGCAGCUCCCGCCAGGGGCUGGGCCGCUCCUUUAUGAGGUACCUGGCUGAGUUCCCCGAGGCCCUGGCCCGGCAGCACUCCCGGGACUCAGGCUCCCCAAGUCGCAGCAGUUUGCCUGGCUCCUCCCGAAGACGGCUCCUCAGCUCCAGCCUACAGGAGCCGGAGGGGCCACCAGCUCUGCGCCAGUCCCACAGCACCUAUGACCAGCACAGGGAGCAGGACCUGCCUCUCGUCGACUCCCUGCUAAGGAGGAAGCUGGCCAAGAAGGUCUCACGGGCAGAGAGUCGGGACUCAGUGGAGGUGCCUCCGGCCCUGGGCUUCAGGUCGGCCAGCGCCCACAACCUGACUGUGGGGGAGAGGCUCCCCAGAGCCCGGCCGGCCUCCCUGCAGAAGUCACUUAGCGUGGCUGGCUCCAGGGAAAAGGCCCUGCUGGUGGCCAGCCAGGCCUACUUGGAGGAGACCUACCGGCAGGCAAAGGAACGAGAGGAGCGAAAGAAGGCCGAGGCGGCCAUGGUGAGCCCAGUGCGGAGGCCAUCAGCCAGAAGGAUGCCACAGGCUCGAGGGGCCCCCCUGUCAGCCCCUCCUUCCCCUGCCAAGAGCAGCAGCAUAGACAGCUCUCACAACUCAGGGAAGCUUCACGAGGAUGCUGGGAGAAGGCUGCCCCAUCCACCCAUCAGGCACCAGGUCUCCACACCCAUCUUGGCCCUUUCUGGGGUCUGCCUAGGAGAGCCUAGGAUGCUGUCUCCCACCUCCACCUUGGCUCCAGCUCUGAUGCCAGCUCUAGCCCCAAACCCAACCCCUGCCCUGGUACCAGUCCCAGUAGCCCCCCCAACCCCCAGUUUACUCACCUUUAUCUGCCCCUGGGAGAAUGCAGAACUGCCAGUCAAGAAAGAAAAUGUAGCCCAGGAAGGCUCCUCAGGACCAGAGCGUGGCAGCCACUCUCCCGCCCCACCUGGAGCCAGGUUCUGGAGAGCCCUCUCUGUUGCAGUAGAAAAAAAGGGGCCUGGGGAGAAUGAGGUGGACACAGAGGACAGGAAUCUCCAGGGAGAAGCUGAUGAUGUAGAUGAGGACAGGCCCAAGAUCUCCAAAUCCCACAGCCUCAAGACCCCUGUGCAGCAGGGUUCUAUGCACAGCCUGGGACUGGCCAUCAAAGCUCUGACCCGCUCUCGGAGCACGUACAAAGAGAAGGAGGGUGGGGAGGAGAGUCCUGAGGGGGAGAAGGACAGAGCUGCAGCAGAGAGUGUGGAGACAGCCUUUAGGUCUCCCAGGCUAGGUCGGCCCAAGUUGGUGAGUAAGCAGGCUGCCCUUGCCCCCUGCGAUGAUGAGGAGUCCCUCCAGAAUCAACAGAAUGCUCACACCAGCAGAAUGCUCCGGGUCUGUCAACAGGAGGGCAGCAGGGAACAAGAAGAUAGAGGCAAGAGGGCAUCCCAAGGUCUAGGGGAGUGGAAAGUUGAGAAAGCAGGUAAAACAGGGCCUGCCACACUGAAGCAAAUUUUUAGGGAUAAAAAUGCUGAGCAAACCAAAGAAGCCACCAUGGGGUGGCGGCAACCCCCCAAAGCUGGCCCCUGGUCCCUGGGCAGUACUGACCACAGGAUGGUAGAUAUAUGCCCCUGGGAAGUCACUGAGUCAGAAACAUGUCACCCUGACAGCAGCAACAAGGCUGAAAUCUGCCCCUGGGAGGUGAGUGAAGGAGCCCCUGAGAGGAGGGCAUUAAGACAAACUCUAGAUGACUUCCAAGAAGAGAGGGAGAAAGCCCUAGAAAAAUCAGAGCCCAAAGAUGUUGUUGUGAUUGCCCAGAAAAAGCCAGAGAGGCUGGUCAGGGGGCCGGAAGCAGUGUGUCCCUGGGAGAGCACUGAGCCUGGAGGUCUGUCCCCUCAGUCAUCCCCUCAGGACUCUGACAGAAUCAAGGGCAGAUCUGAGGCAGCCAGCAGUGAGGAGGCUAGGAAGGUGGAGAAGUCUGACAUGGCCAUGGCAGAGGUAUGUCCCUGGGAGGCAAGUGAAGGAGAGGAUGGGAAGCCAGCCCAGGAGGUGGUGAAGGAGCUCCCUCAGGAAAAACAGAAAACCUCUAAGAAACCAAUCCUUUGGAAGGAACAAAAACUGGGUGGAGACCUGGAGUCUCUUUGUCCAUGGGAGAGUACAGAUUUUCGGGGCCCCUCAGCAGUCUCAAUUCAGGCCCCAGGAAGCCCACAGUGCUCAGGGAGUUUGGGCGGCAGCACAGCUGAGGUAUGUCCACAAGAGGCAGGAGAAGCGCCUACUACCCAGAAAGCAGAGAUCUGCCCCUGGGAGCUGGAUGAUGAGGUAAUGGGGAAGGAAAUAUUAAGUCAGGGGACAGGCAGGGAAUCUCUUCAAGAAAAGGAAAAAUUCUCUGGAAAAGGAAGCUUAGAGGAGAUGAGAGAACAAACCAUGAAGGCAGGGCAGAAUUUAAGUCAAUGGCAGGAGACAGUGUGUCCCUGGGAGAGCACAGCCCCUGAGCACUCCAGCCUAUGUCUAGACAAUUCCUCAUCCAAAGCUGGCAGUCAACUCCUAAGCAAUGGAGAAAACAGAGCAACACAGGUAGGUCCAUGGAAAGAUCUCAAGCCAGAGGUACAGGACAAAACAAAAAUGUGUCCUUGGGAGGUGAAUGAAACAACAAAGAUGGACUGGACAUCAGGACAGGAACCAAAAGGAGGUGAAUCUCAAAAGGACAAGGAGAAAAUGCCUGGAAAAUCAGGAACUGAUGUCACAGCUUGGGAAAAGCCUGAGGGGCAAAUCCAAAAGCAGGAAGCAGUCUGUCCCUGGGAAAGUAUAGACCCUGGCAGCUUCCCACCACAACCAGGUCUUCAAAACAUAGAGAGACACCCUGCCACUUCUUUCCAGAUGUCAGGCAGCGUGGGGAGCAAAGCUGCUGAGAUCUGUCCAUGGGAUGUGGAGGAACCCCCAAUUGCUGAGAAGGCAAAGAUCUGUCCCUGGGAGGUGGAUACCAGAGCUGGGGAGGAAAGGGAUCUGGGGGUUGAGGCCAUUAGGAAGUCUCCAAACCAUAAACAAAAGACUCCUGCAGCUUCUGGACCUAAGGAGACAGCUGUUACCACUCCAAAGAAGUCAGGGAGGCCAGCCCCAGAGCGGGACGUGGCCUGUCCCCAGGAGAGCUUGCGUCCAGGGGACUCCCCUCAGGUUUCAGACACUCUGGAUGCAGACAGUGUAAGAGCUGGGUACCAGGAAAAGGACCAGGUAGGGAACAGGCCAGCUGAAGUGUGUCCCUGGGAAUUACAAGAAUCUCCUACCAGUGAAAAAGCCAAGAUCUGUCCCUGGGAGGUGAAUGAAGGAGCUCCUGAGAAGGGACUAGAACAAGACAUGGAGAGUGGAUCAGCAGGGCAGAGGGACAAAACUCCAGGAAAGGUGAGACUGCCCUCCAUGGGAGAAGACAUGUCAAAAUGGGUGGUGAAACUGAGUCCAGAACAAGAAGCUAUUUGUCCUUGGGAGAACAAGGACUUGAGGGAAUCCUCUGCUCAGGCCCCCAAGGCCUUAGACUCAUCCAGCAGCGUGAGUAGCAAACUGGCAGAGGUGCAUUCCUUGGAAGCAAGAGAGAAGGGGGACCUGAGACAAGUCCCAAAGACAGACUCCCUCCCAGAACACAUGACUCAAGAAAAAAUUCCAGCUUCAAAAGCUGGAUUCAGUACUGAAAAUGGAGAAAAAACAAGGAACAAGCUACAAUCCAUCUGUCCAUGGGAGAGCAUGGCCUCAGCAGGUUCUUUCACCCACCCUGACCAGCCUACGACCAACUCCCAGAGACUGGUCAGUGUUGGAAGCACAGUUGCUGAGGUGUGCCCGUGGGAUGCUCCUGACCCAGAAGUCUAUAGCCCUAACAACAGUGCCAAGGACGAGAUCUGUCCCUGGGAAGUGACUGAAAGAAUCCCUGUAAAAGAGGUAUCAAGACAGGACAGAAAAGAGGACUCUCAAGAAGAGAAGGACAGAGCCCCAGAAAAAACAGAGCCCAUGGGUGUACCAGUUCAGAAAAAGCCAGAAAUGGCAGACUCAGAGAAGCAUGAGGCUGUGUGUCCCUGGGAGAGUGAAGAUAGUGGGGGUCUAUCUUCUGACAGAAGUAAAGGCAGUUCUGAGGCGGCAGGCAGCAUGGAAGCCAGGGUAGCAGAAGUGUGUCCAUGGGAAGUGGAAGAGGCUCCCUCUGCCAAGAAAGCAGAGAUCUGCCCUUGGGAGGGGAAUAAAGGAAGAGCAGAGGAGCAGUCGCUGGAACAGGAGAUGGGCAGAAAUGCACAAAGACAAGGAGAGUUGUUCCCUCAGAAGGCGGGGGAUGGAGGGACUAAAGAACACUUUUCAAAAGUACCAGCAAAAUGCAGCAGUGAGCAGGAUACAGUCUGCCCUUGGGAAGGCUCAGACUUGGGGGGGUCCAUCCCCCAGGAAGCAAGCAGUAUGGGGAGCAGGAUAGCAGAGCUUUGUCGAUGGGAAGUCACUGAUCCAGAAGGAAAUAAAAUAAAGGGCACUAUGGCAGACAUCUUUCCUGGGGAGGAACCUGGAGCCCCAUCUGGGGAACCUGGGCUCCUGGCUUUAACAGCAACUCGGACGGAAAUUUUCCCCACAUCCCCUGAGAAACCACUAUGCCUUUCAGUCCAUGGACCUCUGGAUCAUCACUUCCUUCCAGAAAGCAAAAGCCCCCACCCUAAUGCAAGCAAGCCAGCCAGUACUUUCACUCUAGAAGGUGUCAAAGAACUACAAGGACCCUCAGGGCUUGAGCCAUUGUCCAGCUUAGCCCCAGAGCCAAGUCUCCAAGAAGCUGAGACUCAGAAAUCUUCCUCCUUAACUGAAGACCAAGGACAAGUGGCUUUUGAAGCUCAAAAUGAAGAACUCAUCCCUCCAACUAUCUAUCCUUGGGACUGGGAGUAAACAGAUCUGUCAGGUGAGGUUAAACACAGCUUUCAGGAACCAAGGUCCCUUCCAAGUCCAAGUGUUCCCAAAAAGCUAAAUCAAAGACAAUUUGGCCACUUCUCCUUCUUGAGAAGGCCAGAAUUCAACUUGUUCUAAAAACAAAUUGCGUAAGAAGGGUGCAGCUCAGACCCCAAUGGGAAAGGCCUACCCUCUCUUUACUUUUACCUUUCUUCCUACUCAAGGAAACAAAAGCUAGACCCCUGCUUCUAAAGACUCCUCCUGUCCAUCUAAAGCACUCACCACAAGCCACCUGAGUCUGGACACUCACUUGCAAAGCCAAUGUGAGGGAUGAAAGGAAGUCAGCCAAGAUGGUCCUGCAUUGUCUCUCAGGGAGACCCAACACUUCCCUGAAGUCUACAGAGGUCCAUUUUUUGAAAAGAAACUAAACUUCAUUUGCAACAUAGGGACUGCGGACCAUAGAAUGCUAUAAAAGUCACCAUAAGAAGCUAAAGAAGCUAUUUAACUCAAACUGAAAAAUAAAUUGGAGAAAAACUAAAUGACUCAAAAUAGGUGCCUGAAAUGCCUUAAGGACCUUGUCAUUUUUUUUUUUUUAUAAAGUUGUAUCUUCUUUUUUGUUGUUGUUGUUGCAGUUUGGCCAGGGCUGGGUUUGAACUAGCCACCCUCAGCAUAUGGGGCCGGUGCCCUACUCACUGAGCCACAGGCGCCACCCAAGGACCUUGUCAUUUUCACUUCGAAUCUCCCAUUUCUACUUUAUUGCUUCUUAUACCUGCCCUACCUGACUGCUGAAGUAGAAACAAUCAGGCGCUCUGACAUCCAUGUCAACAUCUGCAAUCCAAAGCAACAUCAGAGACACAGAAGGAAAAGCAAUUUCUUCAGUUCCUCCCUACACUGGUCAAGGGCACUCCCCCUUCCAGACAUCUUCAGUAUGCUUCUUGCUAAUCUUUUAGGGGAUCACCCCCUCUUUCUGCCCUAGCUCUUGCCAGCCUCUAGCACUCAUCUUCGUGGCUUAUUCUCCUCCCCGUAACCUUUCACACUAUGGUCAACAGGACCCCUCUCUUCUGCCAAAACAACUAGAACCAAGGAGAAUCUCUGGUUUGAUGUGAGAACCACUCCUUGCUUAGUAAUAAGAAGCCACCUCAGUUUCCUUCCAGAGAAGCCCAAGAAAGGCGGUCCUGUACACUGUCAGCAUUGUAACUACUUAUGUCCUCAGAAAGGGCAGUGCUACAGGGCAGGUUAGAAGCCUGAGGGCCAGCAAAAAGCAUACUAAAUACAAAGCCUUCUUUCUUAGGUAGCUUUUUCUUCGCUUACUUCUCUUCUCUCAACAAUUCAGGCUACCCUUGCUUACGCAGUACCAGAUAACAGAAUGCUGGGAUUAGAUGAUAUUACCAGAGGGAAAUGAGAAAAGAAAAACACACAAAGAAGUCCCAGGAUUGGCAGAGAUGAGGUGGGGUGGAAACAGGCAUGGCAGAGGUGGAUGGGGGCAUGAAAGAUGGCAGUAAACUCCAAUCUAAAAUACAAAGAUUGAUGUCAUUCAUGAAGAGAAAAAAGACCAAAAAAAAAAAAGGGGGACCAAAUACCCAAUGGGGAAAAAACAAGCUGUAACGUCUAGUCUGCAUAUAAAUACUCUGAGCUUAGAACGUCAUAAUGUAUUGUGCAAGAAAAAAAAAGAAAGAAAAAGAAAAAAAGAAUAACCUAGGCAGUUAAAGGACUUCCCAGAGAAAGUUACAAAGUACUCCAUUUCUAAAAGAGAAUGGAGGAAUGGAGUAAGCUACUCUUGUUCUGCUCCCACACCCAGGCUCUCCCACCUACCCAGGUUCCUGUCACUUGCCCUGGGCUUUUAAAGCAGUAAUUGAAGUGUGUCCUUUCUCUGGGCUCUAGUUAACCCCACGGCUUCUGAGCCAAUGUGGAUUUUGCUAUGCAUCCCCAAACAAUCCCACUGGGUCUGGUCUAACUGGGAAUAGCAAACUUGCCCCCAAACCUACUCUUGUGAAAUGAAGCAUGGGGAA